UUGAGAAUAUUAUCUUAGUUGUUUACACUCGUGAUUAUCAACUAUAGCGCCGGGAAGAAUUUGUUUUCGCCAGAGCUGUGUUUAUUUAUGCGAGUGGGAGAAGGAAAUGUAAUAUAUUAACAAAUUAUUAUAAAAGAAAAACAAAUGGGUUUGCUUUCAAUUCUUCGGAAGCUCAAGUCCUCUCCUGAGAAGGAACUCCGCUUAUUGUUGUUAGGCCUUGAUAAUGCUGGGAAAACAACACUACUCAAAAAACUUGCAUCUGAAGAUAUAUCACACAUCACUCCAACACAAGGUUUCAACAUAAAGAGCGUUCAGUCAGAAGGCUUCAAGUUAAAUGUUUGGGACAUUGGUGGACAACGAAAGAUUAGGCCAUAUUGGCGAAACUACUUUGAAAAUACAGAUGUUUUGAUAUAUGUCAUUGACAGUGCCGAUCGUAAACGCCUAGAAGAAACUGGACAGGAAUUAGAAGAGCUGCUGAUGGAAGAAAAGCUUUGUGGUGUACCAUUACUUGUCUAUGCCAAUAAGCAAGAUCUCCUCCAUGCAUUACCAGCAUCAGAAAUUGCUGAAGGCUUAGGACUGCAUACUAUUAAAGAUCGUCCUUGGCAGAUUCAAGCUUGCUCUGCCACUACUGGCGAGGGGAUAAAGGAUGGAAUGGAUUGGGUGUGUAAGAACAUCAAAAGGAAAUAAUUUUGCCAGUUAAAAUGUAUCCGUCAGGUACACUGAUACUCAGUUUUAAUAUUGAGUCAGUACAACAGCCACAUGAGAAUGAGUCUUCAGUGCAAUUGAGAUCUCACUUUUGAUUAAUUGUUUUAGUGUUCCAAGAGUUGUGGACCAUUAAAGGUUUUAGGUGCCUUCUUUUAGUUGUAAGCCAGUUGUUGGUACCUGUAAUGAAUUUUAUUUUUGUGUUUUUCAGCAAGGGUUAAAGAAAUGGCAUUAUGUAGUGUUAUGUGCUGAGAUAUAAAAGAGCGCAUUGUUGUAAUGGGAAGUUUUAAUUUAAUUUUGAUAGAAACUGUAGAUCUGUUUUCAAAAUGAUUGUACCGGGGGGGUGUCAGUUAUGUAACGAAAAUAUUGAAAUGCUUAAAAUAUGUAAAUCGACCAACAUUAGACAUGCGAUGAAUAGUUGACUUCACUCUUCAAAUUUUUGUGCUUAGUAUUAUACUUGAACAAAUCUUAUGUUGCAAUGCACUAUGUGUGAGUUCAGUAAAGCUGAGAAAUAAUUUCAUACUAUGUGAAAGUUGAAUAAUGUGCUAGUUUCAAAAGGAACCAUAAUUUUAAUCUAGUGUACCACUCCUCUCAUGACAUUAUAAUAGUCCUCCUUGUAAUUACAGUUCCAUAUUCAGUGGAUGUAAUGCAGAUUUCCUUGUCUGCCAUUUUAAAUUGGAGGUUCUCAUUAAUUGUGUAAGAUAGCUCGUGAUGCUUUCAAGUUUUAAACUCGGAAUACACUUAACUGACUAGGUGCCUCACAAUAAGAGAGGAAAAAAAAUCAAACUUCAAAGCAUAUCCAUUACAUUGAUUAUUUAAAAUUUUAGUGAGAUAAUUCUUGAAAGUCAGAGCACAUGAUUAAUGAAUUAUUCGUCACAAAAUACAUUUAUGUAGUUUAACAAUUAGGUCAAAUGUCUUCAAUCAAAGAGCAAGUGAUAAAAUUAUUGAGCAUUAUAGUUUUAUCCAGAGAUAUUUUUAAUGAAUCUAUAUCAUUAUGACUUGCACAUAUUAGAGUUUUUAAGAAGUUUUAAUUUUUAUGAAUGUUUCCAUUUUAUGUGAAGAAUCUCAGUUUACAGUCUUCUGUAAACUAGUAUUACAUGACAAAUGCUUAUUGCUGAAAUAUUGUCAGUGCCUUGCAUCUUUUUCCUGAAUGAAAUUUGCUUUACAAUGCAGUUGUUAGAGCACGAAACUAUCUAGUCAUCCGUCCAAAACUGCUUGUGAUAUUGUUUUUUAUUUUCUCAUGAGUAAAAAUGUAAAGUAGCUCUA